UUAUAUUGUGAAACAAAUCUAUUUUGCUAAAACUACCUACAAAUAAAAACAGAGGGAGUAACAAACAUUAGAGAAAUUAUUGCAAAUAUGUUAUGCACAAACAAAAAUACUCUAUAUUAACCUUUUCAAUUUAAUUGUAUGUUGGAAUUGUAUUUAUUUUUAUGUAGUGUUAAAUUUUCAUUAACUAGUUCGAUCUACAUUUGUUCAGUAAAUUAUUUGAUCUGUAUAUGUUUACUUGAUAUGCAUUGUAUGUUUGAUCCGCAUAUUUUUUUGAUCUGCGUUCCCAUUAAUUGUCGGUAGUGUUUCCUAUUGGUACAGUAACAAAAACGAGUCAUUGGUCCCUUGUUCUGAGUGUUUAUCUGAGAAAGAAUAGUUUAGUAUCAUCGAGACUAGUGGCCUAGAAAACAUCGUAUGGGUCAAUGAUCAAGAAAGUUUUGUUCAGAAAAGAAAAAGUAUAAAGACAAAAGGUAGAACACUGAUUGAGACAUAUAAGCCUUUUUGGUUAAAGAGAACACUAAUAUGUACCUGUUCAACGUGUGUAACGUGUGUUGUGUCCGAAACACUUGAAAAAGAAUAUCUGUUUUAUCUAUUUAAUAGAGUAAUCAAGUGCGCUAUCAUCAUUCACAUAACAACUUCGCCUGAGAGACAAGACAGAUGCCGAUCAGCGAGAGAGUUCUGAAGCAGGUUGCAGCCUUUCCAGUUGUUUUAGCCAUCGUUUGCUAUUUCUUCUGGCCAUCAAUCAUCGCGCCGGACCUCCUAAAGGGCACGAAGGACGUUCUCCAAGUGGCUAAGACCAUUCCUCUCCCUGGUGAUGGACCAGAGAGCUUAGAAUUUGAUUCACAAGGUGAAGGCCCUUACGUUGGCGUCACUGACGGUCGCAUCCUCAAAUGGCGCGGUGAAGAGCUAGGAUGGGUUGAGUUUGCCUACUCUUCUCCUCACAGAGAUAACUGUUCGAGGCAUAAAGUAGUUCCAAGUUGCGGGAGACCAUUGGGACUUAGCUUCCAUAAGGAAACAGGAGAUUUGUACUUCUGUGAUGGUUACUUUGGGGUCAUGAAGGUCGGACCAGAGGGAGGCUUGGCCGAGUUAGUUGUUGAUGAAGCCGAAGGUCACAAAGUCAUGUUUGCGAACCAAAUGGAUAUAGACCAAGAGGAAGACGUCUUCUACUUCAAUGAUAGCAGCGAUAAAUACCACUUCGAGCAAGUGUUCUACGUGUAUAUGUCAGGGGAGAAGACAGGAAGAGUAAUUAGAUACGAUAUGAAGAAGAAAGAGGCCACAGUUAUAAUGGACAAACUUCAUUUACCUAAUGGUUUAGCUCUAAGCAAGGACGGAUCUUUUGUACUCACCUGCGAAAGUGGUACAAAUACUAUCCACAGAAUAUGGGUCAAAGGUCCCAAAGCCGGGACCAACGAGGUUUUUGCAAAGAUCCCGGGUCCUAUGGACAAUAUCCGACGCACGCCGACAGGAGAUUUUUGGGUCGCACUGCAUUCCAAAGACAGUUUGUUCACUCGUGUGUUUCUAAGUCACUCUUUUAUUGGAAAGUUUUUCAUCAAAACGCUGAAGAUGGAGACUGCGAUUCAUCUCGUUAAUGGAGGGAAACCUCAUGGAAUCCUUGUGAAACUCUCUGGAGAGACAGGAGAGAUUCUUGAGAUACUUGAGGACAGUGAAGGGAAGACGAUGAAGUAUGUUAGUGAAGCAUAUGAGAGAGAAGAUGGCAAGUUAUGGAUUGGGUCUGUGUAUUGGCCGGCCGUUUGGGUUCUUGAUAAAUCUGUUUACGAUCUCAAAUGAGUUACCAGAAAGUAAUAAUUUGGUGGUAUGAUCUUCUUUUUAACUUGUGCGAAGACAUGCAUCUUCUUUUGUAUUUUCUUGUUGUUGUGUGAGUGGACUUUGAUUCUGAAGUAAUUUGGUUAAGUUGAGUUGUUUAAUGGAGUUUUGUGGGAUUUUAUAAAUUUGUCAGGUGAUUAAAAAGAAAAUUGUGUUUGUCCGGCGUGACUAUGUCUUCGAGAAACUUUGACAAGUAUAUAAACUCGACGACUAGGGGGACAAGAUACCCAAGAAUUGCUAGUCUUGAUAACAAUCGGUAGUCGGUUCCAACCUCAACAAUUUCUAUAGCUUUUUCUCAUGCCUGAAAUUUAUAAGGGUCCUAUUUCAUCCAAGACGAACAAUUAUUUCAAAAAAACUAUCUCAACUAUCAAAUUAAAGCUGAAAUCAAUUUUUACUGAAAUAAUUUUGGUCAACCAUCUAUAAAUAUAUAUUAGAAAAAAUACUUUCUCAUAAUUUGAAAACAUUUAAAAAUUAGCACCAAAGAUAUACACAAAAUCAAAAUAUACCCAAAAAUCUGUGAUAAACUAUAAAUAUCCAACAUCGCAAAAUAUAUCCAAAAACCAAAACUAGAUCGAAUACAUACAUAAUUUAAUUUAUUAAUUAUUUUUGGUGUCACAAUAUAUUUUAAAAUCUCAAUUUUGUUUUGUUUUCUUGGGGUUUUUCGUAUAUUUUAAGUUUUGAGUAUAUUUUAUUAUUUAAUAUAUUUAAAUAUUCUAGUUAUUUGAAUAUAUUUUAGUUUUAAUAAUUUAUAUAUAUCUCCGGAUUUUAAGUAUAUUUUUGAGGUUUUGGGUAUUUAAAUUUUUUCUUUUGGUUUUGGUUAUUAUUUUAGGCUUUUGCGUAUUUAUAUAUUUUUGGUUGUAUUUUAUUUUAUUAUUUUUUCUUUUUAUAUUUAUAGAUAUUUGACCGACACUAUUUUGGUCAGGGUUGAUUUUGGUUUUUGUAUUUGAUAGUUCAUGUAGUUUAUUUGAAACAAAUAUUAACUUGAGAUGAAAUAAGCACGGUGCCAAAAGUCAGGUAGAAAGUGGCACGACGAAAAUUGAUGAGGUUAGAAUUGAUUCUUUUCCCGCUCCCAUGAGGCCCGAGUUGGUAUAAUUGAUUUGACUUUACUUGAUAUAAUUAAUAUAUUGGUUAAACAAUAUUCUAAUUAUUAAUUUGUUUAACGUUUUUUCAUAUAAUGAUUUACGAUGAUUUAUGAUGUAUAUCUUGUUAGGGUUCUAGGUUAUAUUUUCCUUUUUGCUUGCAUCCUAUAAUUAAGAACUACACUACUUGAACUGGUUCCUGAUCUGAAGUUUAGUUUGAUUAACCUUCUAAAUGUGAGUUAGUACUAGAUUUUAAAAUGUAACUUAAGCUCCUGCCACUUUUUAAAUUUAAUGCACCACCAAAAGUUAGCAAAAAAAAAAAGUUCUGCUAAAUGCUAAAGCCUAUCUCAUAUUUUGUUUCUUUCAAAAUACAUAAUCAGUGAAAGAAAACAAUACAUUCAAAAGAAUUAGUUAUUAAUUUUAGUGCUUGGUGCAACAUAAUCAGUGGUUGGUCUGACGGUCAAAUAUAUCUGGUGAUUUUUUGGGCAACUUUUCUGAUGGUUUGUUGUGUCUCUAACUUUUUUUAUGCAUGUGCAUACUUGAACUGAUUUUGUCUGUUUUCCUUAUGUGCUCUUCUGAUUACAUCUCAGAAGUGGUUGUAAAGUGUUAAAGGGUCAAUUAAACGUUCAGCAUAUGAAUGGUGAUUGGUAUCUAGUGUUUGUAGGCUUCUUGUUUGCGCAUCCAACUACAUACCAAUUAUCCUUCUUCACAAGCAAAGUUAUAUUUGUUGACUUGAUCCGAGGCCUAUAUUGCAUACUUAUUUCGAAGGAAUUGUUAAUCUUUUUAUUUAAAAUAUUGUUUCAGCAUUUUUUCGGUAAGGAAGUCCUGAAUACAAAAGCUAACAUUUGUGAUCUUUACUUUUUUGCUUAAAAUAUGCAUCGUCUGAAAAGUGAAUAUUGUUAGCUGAGAUAUCAGUUGCGAAAAGAUUAUGGCGGCGACUUGAAUUAAUUAUGUCCCGUUAAACAUAAUUGUCUCCGGAUAAAAAAUGAUGGUCAAAUCUUUAUAUAUUGAAAAAUGUUCUUAUUUUUGGACUGAUUUAGCUAUUAUCUUUUCAAAAAGAUGUAUGCUUAGUUGAUUUUAUAAAUACUAAAAAUAGAUUAAAUUUUAAUACUAAAUAUCUUAUUUUAUGUAAUUAUUAUUUUUAAUUACUAGUGCUAAUAAGUAUAAUUAAUAUUUUUUAAGUUUGUAACUUUUCAUAAUUAACUAAUAAAAAUAUAUAAAAGCAUAAAACAUAAUUUUAAAAAGCAAAUUUUAAAAAAUAUAUUUCUAGUACAGAGGGAUUAAUAUAUACAUAUAUAUAUCAAAAGCCAAACAAAUUGUAAUUAACAAUGAAAAUGGCCAUUCGUCUAGUUGUAAAACUGUAGUGAGUGGAGAAAGAUUUUUUUCUUACUUUAAUGUGAUUCGUGUCUGUAAAAGAUGUCCGAGGAUUCGGUGAUGUGAUCAUGUGGAAUGAGGGGGCACCCGCCCUUUUCCCUUUACCCUUUCCCAGCUUUAAAUAUUUUGCAUGAUCAGUUCUCAAAAUAAUAUAGUAGCUAUAAAAUUACAGUAUUCUGACUAAUCAUACGUGUAGGUUGUCAGAAAACAAAAGAGUCUAAUCAUACGUGUAGGUUGUCAAAAAGAUAUUUUACUUUGUCUUCUCUUGGGUUUGCAUCAUUUUGCAUUGAAAUUUUAUAUGAGAGAGGAUUUGUGUAAGCAUAUUUUUUUUGUUAGCAUAUUAUAUAAGGGGAAAUUAGGUGGUAUAACCAUGAAAAAAAUCAUAAUUCAUCAACUAGCCAUUUUCCUUACCAAACCUAUACACACUGUUAUAAAUCUAUAUUAAUAUUGUAAUACUCUUUGUAUCUACUGGUUUAGCCUGCUAACAAAAAAAAAUAAAAAAAAUUCUUAACUCACCAAAAGUAAAUUGUAGACUACCCACAACUUCGAAAGGCGAAGAAGACGCCACCACUAGUUCUCAAAGAAGUUUUGUAGAAGAGAAGAUUGGUUAGGAAGCUUUGUCAGAGACGAAAUGGGGAGGCUUCUCAGAUUCCAAAGCGACAGUCGUGAAGAUGCUAGAAUAUGUACGUAUUUGGUUUGAAGUAAAUCUAUGUCUCGUGUUGGAAAAGAUGAACAGUUUUUUUUUAUUAUGUUUUAUUCUAUUAUAUUCAUAUAGAAUAGAAAUGUAAAACAAAAUAUAUUUUUUAUGCGAUAAAUUCUAUUUCAUUUGACGGUUACUAAAAUUGUUCUAUUUUGCUUAGAAAAAUAUUUUGAUAUUUGGGUUUAGGGUUUACAUUUGGAUUAGGGUUUACAUUUAGAUUAGGAUUUAGUGAUUAGAAUUUAGGGUUUAGUAUUUAUAAGGUGAGAAAGUAUGGUUGAAAUCAGUUUUAAAUUCUUUAAUGCAAUCAUACACAUUUCAUAAUUUCACCAUUGGUAUUAUGUUAUUUAUUAUGUUCCAUUCUAUUUGGAUUUAGAAUUUAUAUUUGGCUUAAUGGUUUAUAUUUAGGUUUAGGGUUUACAUUUGGAUUAGGGUUUAGUGAUUAGAAUUUAGGGUUUAGUAUUUAUAAGGUGAGUGAGUAUGGUUGAAAUCAUCAUUAACUUCUUAGUGCAAUCAUAGACAUUUCAUAAUUUCAUCAUUUGUACUAUGUUAUUUGUUAUGUUCCAUUCUAUUUGGGUUUAGAGUUUGUAUUGGGGUUAAUGGUUUAUAUUUAGGUUUAUGGUUUAUUGAUUAGGAUUUAGGGUCUAAUGUUCUAUUUUGUUUAUAAAUACAUUUUGAUAUUUGGGUUUAGGGUUUACAUUUGGAUUAGGGUUUAGAGAUUAUAAUUUAGGAUUUAGUAUUUAUAAGGUGAAAAAGUAUGGUUGAAAUCAUCUUAACAUCUUUCAUGCAAUCAUAGACAUUUCAUAAUUUCACCAUUUGUACUAUGUUAUUUAUUUUGUUACAUUCUAUUUGGGUUUAGAUUUUAUAUUUGGGUUCAUGGCUUAUUUUUAGGUUUAAGUUUUACUGAUUAACAUUUAUGAUUUAAUUUAGGGGUUGAGUUGGAAUUGAGAUAAUGUUUAAUAUCUAGAUUUUAUAGGUUUAGAUGGAGUUGAUGUCUUAUGAUAUUUUGGUGUUAUGGAAUAGAAUGUUUAAGUUUUGAUAUGCACCACAAAAAAUGAAAAAUGAUGUCAUCUACUCUCACUUACAACUGAAACCGACAACUUGCUGUGUUAAAGGGUAUAAGCGGGUAGAAAGAAACCAAAAAGCUUAACAAUGAAUUAUGUCAAAAUCAUUGCUAGUUCCUUAAUUUGACACUCAAAAAUGGCUAUCUCAUCAAUAAGCCCUUAUAUAAGUAUCUUUUUCUAUUUUAAAUAACUAUAUUCUAAAUUUUCCUUAAGUUUACAUAUAAAGCUCGAUUGUCAAGUGUUGUAAAAACUGUAUAGAGAAUUUCGGUUGUCUUAUCCAUCAUUUGUUAUUUCUUCUGGCCAUCAAUCACAUGUGUUGGACCACCUAAAGGGCACGAAAGACGUUCUCCAAGUGACUAAGACAAUUCCUCUCCGUGGCGAUGGACCAGAGAGUUUAGAGUUUGAUUUACAAGGUGAAGGCCCUUAUCUAGGAGUCACAUACGGUCACAUCCUUAAAUGGCGAGGCAAAGAGCUAGGCUGGGUUGAGUUCACGUACACUUCUCCUCACAUGUUCAAUCCUAACAAAAAAAAGUGCCAACCUUCCUAUGUUAUCAUUAUUCCAUGUUUACUGGUCCAAUGAAUUUUUCAUUAAUGUUCAACAAAUCACUAUGUGUUAAUUAAGCGUUUAUAGUGGAUUAGUGUCUAAAUAAACACCUAAACCUUAUCUAAACCGAUUUUAAAAAUAGUCUAAGAAUCAUUUUGUUUAUGAACGAUCAUUUUAAAAUUGAUUUAUUAGAACAUUGAUUUUCAUUAACCUUCCUUCUGAAUGUGACCCGUUUUCUUUUUGGUCAGUAAAGAGAUCAUUGUUCGAGGCAUAAAGUAGUUCCAAGUUGUGGGAGACCAUUGGGACUUAGCUUCCAUAAGAAAACCUGAGAUUACUACUUUUGUGAUGGUUACUUUGGGGUCAUAACUCAUGAAGGUUGGACCAGAAGGAGGCUUGGCCGAGUUAGUUGUUGAUGAAGCCGAUGGUCCCAAGGUCAUGUUUGCGUACCAAAUGAAUAUAUAUCAAGCAGACGUCUUCUAUCUCAGUGUUAGCAGCGAUACAAAUCACUUCGAGUAAUUAAAACUACACCUUCAUUUAUUUACAUUUACGGUCUUAAUAUUUUCUUUGGUUGGUAACAUUAGCAAACGUGAAAAGCGGAUAAUAAAUAAAUAAUAAUUUGUAAAAUAUAUUAGUAGAGCAUUGGGGAACCAUAAUGUGAUGUAGCUAAUAGAUCUAAACGUGAUUUUGAACAUAUAUACUUACUGGUUGAAUCCAGAAUAUUUAUUUAUUGGGUGAAGUGUCGAUUAUAAAAUGGAAACAGUCGAAAGGUGCAUUCGAACUUGGGUUGUUAUGGGUGCACUUGCAAAAUACAACGUUUUCACCUAUUCUAACAGAAUUUAUUUGUUAUUUGACACGAAAAUUACAAUAUAAAUAAUUUGUUUUGGUGCACAUGCUCCAUUGAUCAUUUGUAAAACACUACAAGAAAAAUGGGUUUUAUUAGCGGACGGAAAACGCUAUCUAACGAUACGAUAGCGGUUUUAGAAACGCUGUAUCAUCGCCCGUCAUAAUAGGUCAAGUACAUUAGAUAGCAGUUUUUUGCAUUGCUAUUAUAUUGCGACAAACAAUAGCGUUUUAUUGCAAGCAAUUAAAUAUUUUUUUAUAACGUUUUUUUAUUGUUAUUAUUUACCUUACUAAAAAUAAAAAAAAAUAAUAAAAAAUUUUAAAAGAUAUUUAUAAAUCGAAAUUGGUUACAAAAUUAAAGACCGGUACACCAAAUAAACCAAACUUAACAAUUUUUUUUUAACAAAAUAAAAGCUAAACCUAACAGAAAAACCUAGUCUAUGCCUCCAUGAACGGGCCACAACGCCGUAUACAUCCCGUCGUCCUCCUCCUCCAUUUGUCGUCGCCGUCCUCCUCCAUUGCUGUGUCGACCAAGCUCUCGCGUCUCGGUCUUCUCUCCUUCUCCUCCACCACCACGACUAGCUUUCUCUGCCAUCUCCAUGGAACUACUUCAGAUCCGGUGUGUCAACGAAGCCCUCCUCACGUCUCUGUCUUCUCUUCUUCUCCGCCUAUCUUCUUCUUCUUCUUUCUGGGUUCCACCUCCACCACCACCUGUAGCUUCUUCUGCCAUCUCCACACCACGGCUUCUUCAGAUCUCGGGCUCCGUCGCAAGAUGUUGUUGAUUUCGUUGGCUUCCUUUCCCUACAAAAGAAUCCAACACAAACACAAUUAGAAAAUGAGAAGCCAACACAUGAACUUUAUCAAUCUUAAAACCAAAAAAAAAAAGAG